AGGAGGAUGGCAUCGGAUCUGCGGGCGAGAGUUUCCGCGUAGAAGGCCCGGAUGGGUGGAUCUUGUUGCUGUGUAAGGAAGGAGGUGAUGCCGAGGGGAGGCGAGAGAACGAAUGUGCUGAGGUUUAUCGUGAAUCUGAGAUUGAACGAAUUCAACUUCACUUCCCUCCGACAACAACGAAGUGACGCCGCCAAGAUGCCUCCCAACCUCACACCAGAGCAAGACCAUACCCUCCACUUGCCGUCCCACACCAAUUCGUGCCAUGCUACCAAUGUGCGGACCUACAAAGACUACCGUCGUCUUCCGAAGCAAUCCAUUCAAGACGAGCUCAAACGUCGCGGUCUGCCUCAUAUCGGUCUGAAGAACGACUUGAUGAAGUCAUUCAAGCUGCACAAUGAGCUACUCUGCACUUUAAAGGGUCAGUACGAAGUUCAUCUCAAGAAACUUCAAGAUUUCAAACAGGCGAAUCUGGACGCGAUUGUCCCCAUUCAGCAAUACAUACCCCCUGAGAUUCGGAGCAUGAUAUGGAGAUAUGCUUUGCCUGGACCACGAGUCUUGGUACCCAGCGAUGUUCGACGCUAUGUAGACAAAUUCCACUUUCGUAAGAAAGACAACCCAGAGAAUCCAGCACUCUUGUAUGUGUCCCGAGAGACACGCAACGUGGCUCGAGAGAGAUAUCACCUUGUUUUCGGCACGACUAAUGUGUAUGCUGAUCUAUCUUGCGAUACACUCUACUUCAACUCUCGAUGGUACAAUCUCAGUGGUUUGUUGGGAGAUUAUUCCUCAAUAUUCACAGGCUAUAAAGUUGCUCAUGGGUGGAACCAUACAUCGCCCAAGCUCUUAUCGGAUCUAGAGGAGGUUGUGAACCUUGCUCUGCCUCGUGGCUGCUGGGAAACGUAUGCAUCGACGUCCCAUAACUCGACGAGGAAUGGCGGUGUCCUUCGAAGCCAUGCUGACAAAAUCUUCCGUGGCCUGCAGCAUUUAAUGCUAGUUCAGGAAGACACAGACGAUGGACCCUAUCGUUUUCAGUUCACGCCUGGCCAUAUCGAAUUGAAGAAAACAUCGCAGACGAAGCACUGUCGUUCAAUCUGGCCAUAUUUCGCUUCCAAACCUGGCUUCCUUCGAGCCGUUGAGGCGAAUCGCAUUACGGAUAUUCUUGGAGAGAAUUGGGCUCACAGCAUUGGUGAUCCUUAUUACCCGCAGAUAGAAGCUUCGACCGAUGAUGCUGCACAAUCAGAACGCAAGAUGAAGGACAAUGAAAGCUCACUAGACUGAAAUGAAGAGAUUGGAGCUUCAAUUGGGAAAUAUCAUACACAUAGUACUGAAAAUAUCUCCAUGAUGCUCAGCAUUGAGCUUUGGCAGGAAGAAUCCUUUCCGUGGACCUUGGCGGGUAUGCUGUAUGUUUAUAGGCUUGGAGGAUUAGACGAAACGCAAGGUCCGCAACGUAUUGCUAUGUGCCUGCUUCAUUGCAUUGAGCUACAACACAAGUUUUGUUGGCCUUACAAAAUAGAUAGCAUCGCCAUCCCAAACAGGCUUCACCAUCUCAAUGAAACAGUAUUUCCCAC